UUCAGUUUUGCACUGCUCAACGCGCAGUACGGUUGGAACUGCUGUGUUGCCGCUUCACACUGAAAAAUCGUCGUUUGCGAGUCAUUGCGUGGAAAUUUACAUAUUUUAACACAACAACAUGUCUUCAACAGCCGUUCCACCACCUGCACCACCACCACCGACUCCACAAACAGCUGCUGUAUCUGCGGGCAAAGGAUUGCACUCUAAGGUGUAUAACGGUCUAAUUGGUAGCUUGGAUAAAUUCGUGCCAGCAAAACUCCGCCCGCUUUGGGUGCAUCCAGCUGGACCCAAAACGAUAUUCUUCUGGGCGCCCGUUUUUAAAUGGGGUCUCGUUAUUGCUGGUCUGAGUGAUUUGGCGCGUCCGGCAGACACAAUUUCCAUACCGGCUUGCGGAGCCUUGGCUGCGACUGGUAUUAUCUGGUCGCGUUAUUCGCUAGUCAUUAUACCCAAAAAUUAUGGACUAUUUGCUGUGAAUCUCUUUGUGGGCCUAACACAAUGCGUGCAAUUGGCACGUGCCUAUAACUAUCAACAGGAAAAGGAAAAAUUGGAGAAGGAAAAGGAGGACGGAAAGCCAGCGUUAGCGCAGUAAAGCAAGAUUUUAUAAAUCGUGCAAUGUGGUGCUAUAUUUUUCGCCCAGUUUAUAUAAAUCUACAAAAAAUCUUGCGGAACACACUAGUUGAAUUAUACAAAGUAAAAUAUGUAUGUUUAAACGCACAUAUCAAAUAUGUAACGUUUAAAUUAGUUGUGUUUAGUUUUAGCCAACGAACACUUAAUCUACAAAGUGUACAAUCGCACAGACAUUAAUAUAUAAUGGUACGUGAUUCGUAAAUUUUAA